GGAUGUGUGAUGUGCGAUCGCUGCGACCAGAUCAGUUGCCGCGAGUGAGUGAUGCUGUGUGUGUGCAAUAAUCAAAUCUGACAACUGCGCGAAAAACGUUUGAGAUCAAAACAGCCAAAAGUCAAACAAAUCAAACCCAUAUAAAUGGGCCAAGAAUAAAGAAUAUUUCGUGUUUUUUUUUUUCCUGUGACCCCCACCUGAUAUAUAGUAGAAUGACUCACCUGAUGGGUCCCACGGAGUGCGCCAGUGCCAUGAUGACGCCCUCGAUGCAGUUCCUGGACAAUGGUCUGGGCGCAAAUCUCACGGAUUACAGCUGCUAUGCCAACGAUUACUGGGUCACUCCCUACAUGUCCGGCGGCCUGAGUCCCAUGAAGCAAAUCGAAGCCUGCAUCCAAACGGCGGGCAAGGAUCGAAGCUCCUACAAGCCGCUGGAGCAGAUCGAUGCCAAGUUGGCGGACAUCGAGACUCUUAGCACGGGCAGCAUUGGCACUGCCAACAGCAGCAGCCACUCCAGCAGCAAUCCCCAAUCCCAUACCAGCUGCCAGGAGCAGUCCCUUCUCCCCGAUUACCCCGGCGCCUCCAAUGAGUCGUCGCCAGGAUCAGCGUCAGCGGGUGCAGCAGCCACAUCGCCGUCGGCGUCUGCGUCGGCGUCGGCGACGGCACCGGCGGGAGGAACUGCUUCCAAGAAAUACAAAAGCCAACACAAAAAAGACAGCAACAAUAGCACGGAGAAUAGCUCGGGGAAAGCCCAGAACAACAAUAGCAACAACAUCGGCAAAGGGGAAGCGGAGCCAGUGCAUCCGUCUCUCGCGCAGGCCAUCGUUGUGCUGGAGACAAAGGCUCUGUGGGAUCAGUUCCAUGCCCAGGGCACCGAGAUGAUCAUCACGAAGACGGGCCGUCGUAUGUUUCCCACUUUCCAGGUGCGGAUCGGAGGCCUUGAUCCGCAUGCCACCUACAUCUGCAUGAUGGACUUUGUGCCCAUGGAUGACAAGCGCUACCGCUACGCCUUCCACAACUCCUGCUGGGUGGUGGCUGGCAAAGCGGAUCCCAUCUCCCCGCCCAGGAUCCAUGUGCAUCCCGACUCACCUGCUGCCGGCUCCAAUUGGAUGAAACAGAUCGUGUCCUUCGACAAACUGAAGCUCACCAACAAUCAGCUGGACGAAAAUGGACAUAUCAUAUUGAACUCAAUGCACCGCUAUCAGCCCCGAUUCCAUUUGGUGUAUUUGCCGCCGAAAAACGCGUCCUUGAAUGAAAACGAGCACUCCAGUCACUUCCGCACCUUCAUCUUUCCGGAGACAAGUUUUACGGCCGUGACUGCCUAUCAGAAUCAGCGGGUGACACAGUUGAAGAUCUCCAGCAAUCCAUUUGCCAAAGGCUUUCGGGAUGAUGGCACCAAUGAUGUAACCGGCAACAGUGGCAGCAGCAUGAGCCACGAAAGCCAGGCUCGCAUGAAGCAGCAGCAACAGCAGCAGCAACAGCAGCAGCAACAGCAGCUGCAGCAUCAGCAACUCAAGGAGCGAACGGCAACCAGCAGCCACUUCAGCUUGGGUUGCACCGACUUGGCUGUGGAUCAGCAGCAGGCACAGCUGCAGCAGCAGCUCCCAGCCACACCGUCCAGCAGCUCUGCCUCCGGCAACUCGCCGGAUCUCCUUGGCUACCAAAUGGAGCAACAGCUCCAACAGCAGCAGCAGCAGCAGCAACUCCAGCAACAGCAGCAGCAUCAGCAACAUCCAUUACAGACGCAGCAGCCUCUCCACCAGCAGCAUCAGCAGGUACAGAGCGGGGGCCAAUAUGGGGGCUAUCACCACACGUACCAGCCCCACCAUCCCCUAACGCCGCACUCCAACAGCUCCGCAUCCCCGCCUGCCACGGCAACAGCAGGAGCGACAUCCCUUGCAGCCGUCGCAGCGGCAACGGCAACCUCGCCAGCCGCCGGCACAGGAGCCACCCAGGUGAUGGCUGCGGCCAACCUAUACUCGAGCAUCGGGCAACCGUAUGCCCAGGAGCAGAGUAACUUUGGGGCCAUUUAUCACCACAAUGCAACGGCUGCUGCGGCCGCCCACUAUCACCAUGGCCAUGGGCAUGGGCAUGGGCAUGGUCCAUAUGCUAGCGCCUAUGACAAGCUGAAGGUUUCGCGUCAUGCGGCUGCCGCCGCCUACGGAAUGGGAGCCAGUUACCCCAGCUUCUAUGGCUCGGCGGCCCAUCACCAGAUGAUGCGACCCAACAGCUACAUAGACCUGGUGCCCCGCUAAAGAAUCCCUGCCAAAGUCAAAGAUAUUUAUCCGAAUUGGACAGAACUAGCUGUGUAUUCGAUCUAUUGGCCAAGGUGUUGAUGUCGCUAGUUUCUGCAAAUUAAGAAGGAUUCAAAAUCGGCCAUAAAUCAACGAGAAAUUAGUUAUGGCUAAUGUGUAAAAAGGAAUUGGUAACAAUUAAGUGCUGCACAAUUAAUUUGCAAAUCAAAGAAUAAAAUAUUUGAGAAAAUCGAUUUGUAAAUCGAUAAACUUCGAUAUUUAUCCAGGGAAAUCGAUGUAAAUCGAUCAACUUCGAUAUUUAUCCAGGGAAAUCAGAAAUGCAAUUUAAUUUUUAAAACAUUGUUGCAAGUAGGAGUAUAAUUUCCCGAUUUGUAGAGAUAUCUUUAAUGGAGAUGAAACAGUGUGUGAGUGCCACGGAUUAUAUUCUUGAUUUUAGCAGUGCGGCGGAUUUAAGUAUUAGCAGCAAAGGAAAAACCAAAAACAAAUGCAACAAGUAUUACAAGUAUUUUACAAAUAAAAUUACUAUUAUUAUUUUUUUUUUAGUCUAGUUCUUAACUUUAUGAAUUUGUGUGCCAAACAAUGGAAAACCCCAAAUGCAUAUCUUGAUGUAAAAUGUAGCUGUUAAUGUGUAACUAUACUAUGAUUUUUCUUCUUUUUUUUCCUAACAUUUUAGUCACUUGUUUUAUUCAAUGUAAAUACAAUACAUAUCUCUUAAUAUACACAUAAAACUGAAACAGUUUCAAAUAAUAAAAGCAAAAAGAAAAAAAUUAAA